UAGCAAAGGGCUUCACUGUCUCUAUAGUUUGCUGCAGUUUAAUGACCGAUUGCCGUGCUUAUACAGCUAAGAAGGGACGCAUAGAGUGGAAUCAAACAUGGCCGAUGGUAGCUAACCAAAGACUCGAACAUCGCUGAUGGAGGCUGCAAAGGGAUUAAAGUAAAAUAAAAUACCAUCGACCAGACUCCAGCACUCCCACUGGUGCAACUCAAAUAUGCAAUUGAAAUAUUUGGUAGAGUGCAAAGCUCAUCGGGAUACAGAGUUGUCCACAUGUUGUGACCCUGGCUAAUGCUCUAAGAGGGAGCACCACGUCAAACAGAACAACAAACCACACAGGCCCACUGCACAACUGCAACUGAACAGGCUCUAUGAGUGACCAGGGCAGCGAAGGUGAGGCUGGCUGUGUCCAGAUGAUGGGCAAGGAGCUAGAGGAGGAGGAGCUGGAGGGGAGGCAGAGCUGCGAUGGAGGAGUGGUCGAGGACGAUGAUUUUGACGACGACGGAGAGCCCAGAUUGUGCCGGGUGUGUGGGGACAAUGCCACUGGUUACCACUUCAACGCCAUGACUUGUGAAGGCUGCAAGGGCUUCUUCAGGCGAGUCUCCUUGAUAUUCAGUGCUAUUUCCAUUUACAAACUGACUCUAUGAUAUGCAGGAUAUAAUUGAAUGGUUUCACUGACCCUGAUUAGCACUAAUCUUGGACUACCUAAUGUUAUCAUUGGUAAGGUUCUGUAGUCCAAGAUUCGUGCAAAUCCAGAGUCUGUGCUCUAUAAUUUUUCAAUUUUACCCUGCUUUUCCUAUAGUUACAAUAUGCAUUUACCAUGUUUUGCCAAGGUUUUCUUUUUUUUUUUGUUUUGUUUUAAAUGUAUCCUUUACUACUUCUCUGAACUUUACAAUGCUUACAUAUGCUUUACCGUACUUUCACCAUGCUUUAUUACAUGUCACUAUGCUUUUACUUUGGUAAACUUUUAUAAGGGUGAAACCAGACAAAAAAGUAGUAAUCAUAUACGUCCGUAUAAAGUACAGGAGUUCAAAGCCUUCUGAUUUAGUUGAUAAUAAGACUGUGUGCCGCCUGUGGUUAUUAAACACAAAUGUUUUCACUGACUUUGCCUCAGAACACCUGUUCAAAGCAACUGAAAAAAUAUCAAAAUUAAUGAAUAAUUGCAAUUUAUGAGGAGGAUGAAAAAUUGAAAAUGUAUUAAAAUUCAAGAAAACUUCAGCAAUAGAAAAUACUCUGAGCAAUAUAAAAAAAAUAAUAUGAAUGUGAGAAACUGCAAAGAUUAUAGCUUAUAAUUGUAAUAAUACAAAAACAAUACAAAUAAAGCUGGUACUAUUUAUUAUUAUUAUUAUUAUUAUUAUUUAUUAGCAGACGCCCUUAUCCAGGGCGACUUACAAUUGUUACAAGAUAUCACAUUAUUUUUACAUACAAUUACCCAUUUAUACAGUUGGGUUUUUACUGGAGCAAUCUAGGUAAAGUACCUUGGUCAAGGGUACAGCAGCAGUGUCCCCACUGGGAUUUGAACCCACGACCCUCCGGUCAAGAGUCCAGAGCCCUAACCACUACUCUACACUGCUGCCCCUGUAUUUAUAUCACAUUAUAACUGCCAGAAAAGAUACACCCUUCUCCUGUUAGUUCACUAAAACCAGAACAGUGCCCCUAGGAUUACACAACCUUUUUUUUUUUUAGAUCUGCGAUGCAAAAAUCUGAAUUCUGCAUUGCACAUAAAAAUUAUGUGACUCGUUCUCCAACUUAUUUGUAUUUUUAGAUAGUUUCUUGUAUGAAUGAAACCCAGAAAUAGUGUUAUGAUUGUGCAAAAAUAGUUUGAUUUAUCUUGCUUUAUAAGAAUAGCAUCAGCAACUCUAAGAAAGUGCCUGAAGGUUGGGCAAUGCAGCGUCUUGCUUGUUUUAGUGCCCAGUCCAGGCAGUUUUGUCUUGGUCUGGCUUUCAUCCACUCCUGACUGUGGUACGUUUUUUGUGAUGCCUGUAGGCAAAGAUUCACAGAUGCUGAAAUGUAUCCUUUAAAUUGUACGUCCAACCAUCAAUUUAAUUUUACAUUGGAAUGUGCAUUACCAUGGAGAAUGUGUAGGUGUGCACACUGCUGACCUUUUCUAAGCAACAGGAAAUACAAUAAGAAAGGUCAUUGCAACAGGUUCAACAGAGAGUGUCAUCUGAUAUCUGUUGCCAUAGUCACACCCAUAUGCUGCCAGUUGCUUUUUUGUCACAUAUUCAUGACAUGAACACAUCAUUUAGGUCUUCACAUUUUUACUAUAAAAUUAGAAAGAAAUUAGAGCCUUGGUUACCCCUUCUUAAGACCCAAACAUGCACUGCUAUUUAAAACCGCAUGUGCUAAUUACUUGCACCAAAUGCACAGUAGCAUACUUUUUUUAAAAAUCAACAUUAAUGCUGGCACAGUAGUUAAUACUUUCCCCUAGGUUGUUUUGUCUGCUACAGUUAUGCCUUCUUGGGGGGUGACAUAUGCUGAUAACAAGUAGCUAACAUAUGUUUGCAUGACCUUAAUGAUAUGAAGAACUGCCCUCUACUACAUGUUUGUGGCUUUAAGAAUUAAUACAUGAUGUUGUAUUGUUUGGAUUUUUGUUGUUGUUGUUGUUAAUUUGAUAAUUGAAUGAUAAUUGAAUUGGAAUAAAGUGUUGACUUUCAAGUAGUAGAUCAUACAGGAAGUUUGAGACUCUUUCUCUCUUUCUCUCUUCAAAGAGUUGCAGACUGAACAUAUGUUCUCAAAAUGUGUUUAACCUGACCAGAUUUGAAGUAUGUAUGCAAUGGGCAAUAUUCACAAAGCAAGCUGGUAAUGUUGCAAAUGUUAAAAUAUUUCAGCAUAUGCAAGACUAUUAAAUAUAUAUUUUAGUGUGCACUGUAAAACUAACAUUUCAUGUUAGAUUUGCAACAUUGACAGUUUGUUUUUUUUCCCUUAAUUACAGAAUGUACAGAAAAUGUGCCAUAUUGUGUUAUUUUCACAAUCUAUAGUAAAAAAAAAGUACUUCUGUAAUUGAGAGAUGGGCCUUUGCUCAAUUCAAUUAUUCAUUAGGACAAAGCACAUACUAAAUAGCACAUAUGCAGACCUGAUGCAUAAAAACCUUUAUAAACCAAAAGGUAAACUAAUUGUGCAAAAACUUCCUUUUGCUAAUUAAAAAAACGCCUCACAAAAAAAAAAUAUAUAUAUAAAAUGAACACUAGUCUAUAGAAUAUAUAACAUGUAGCAUAUUUUGGUAAAACUGUAGGAAAAACUAAAUGGUAUUAACUGAAACAUUUGUCUGUUCUCUAGUGUGAUUGUGGGGUAAAGUUAUGGAUGAAUUUACAGUGUUUACAAAUCAUAAAUCAAUUUACCGUUUCCAGACGUGCUAUGAAGCGCAGCCUUCAGUUCAGCUGCCCGUUUCAGAACUUGUGCAUCAUCACCAAAAAUAGCCGGAGACAGUGUCAAGCGUGCCGUCUGAAAAAGUGCCUGGAUAUUGGUAUGCUUAAAGAAUUGAUCAUGUCAGACAAAGCAGUUGAACAGAGACGGGAGCUAAUCAAGAAAAAGAAGCAGAGGCGUAAGGAGCUGCCCUCUACAGAAGAGCCGAAGGGCCUGGACCCACAACAGGAAAUGAUCAUCCAGGAGCUUGUGGAGGCUCAGAAGAAGACCUUCGACAUCUCCUUCUCACACUUCAAGCAGUUCAGGCCUAUCAAUCGGAACACCAACCACCAGCUGCAAGUCAACCAGACUUCUCCAGAUCAAGUCGCCAGUCUGCAGGAGAGUCAGGAAGCAAGCAGCAGGCUGCUGUCAGACGCGGAACCCCAUCAGGAUCCCAGCGGUUCAGCAAACAAGGCCAGCUCCCAGAUUUACUCUAUGUUGCCCCACGUUGCUGAUUUGUCCACCUACAUGAUUCAGCAGAUCAUCAACUUUGCCAAGAUUCUGUCCAGCUUCAGGGAACUCUCAAUUGAAGACCAGAUCGCACUGCUAAAGGGGGCAACAUUCGAGGUGUGUCAGAUCCGCUUCAACAUGCUUUUUAACACAGAGUCAGGGAUCUGGAAAUGUGGGCCAAUCCUGUACAACAUUGAUGAUGCCGCCAAUGCUGGUUUUCAGCCACACCUGCUUGACCCCUUGCUGAAGUUUCACUACAUGCUGCGGAAUUUAGAACUUCAUGAAACGGAAUAUGUUCUAAUGCAGGCCAUCUCUCUGUUCUCCCCAGAUCGUCCAGGCGUUGUAAGUCAUGAUGCCAUUGACAAGUGUCAAGAAUGUUUUGCUUUAAUAUUAAAAACAUACAUCGACACCAGGAGAUCCCAGCCAUCUAACCUCCUGUUCCCAAAGAUCAUGGCUUGCCUGACGGAGCUGCGCACGAUGAACGACGAGUACACCAAACAGGUACUGAAGAUCCAGGACAUCCAGCCCGACGUCACGCCCCUCAUGAUGGAGGUCUUCAGCAACAAUCCCUAGCACCAGCACCAGCGGCAGAAGAGGAAGACUUGACAUUAGGACAAAGGGGUGGAUUCAUUUGCCAGAAAAAAAAACUAGGAAGGGCUUCUGUAUAUUUUUUGAAACAAGCCCAAUCACGUCAACUGGCAGAUUGACUUAAUUUUAUCCAGCUGCGCAUAUAACCUGCCCCACUCCCCCUCCUCAAACCCCCUCCUGCCAAUACAAAGCCUUUAUGUGUCACUGAGGACAAGCAUCCCUUCUCAGGGAUUUUCGGUUACAUGAAGAGACUGAGUGCACACUGAAGAUUCCUCCUUGUCUAAAGGAUUUGUAUUCCCAUUAUACAGCGUAGUUGCUGAAAAGGAUGGCAGAAGACUAAACAUUGAUUACCAGUAAGGCAGCAACGCUGGUGGCUACAUUCGGGAUUGGCAGUGAAGAUAUGUGUCCUAAAACAAUUCUUCAAUUCCUCUCCCCUAUUAAUGUAAACAAGACAUGCCUGAAAAGGAUCACUGGGGAUCUAUUUCGUUACCACAUUCCCAAAAUGGAUUGAAAGGGGUCAGUGUUUCCAUAGGCUUUCAGAUCUUGUAUUUGUAUUUACAUAUAACAUGUUUAUUUUCUAGCACAGAUGAAAUAUAAGAAAAUAUUGGAAUUCAAAGUCUUUAAUGUUAAAAGUACAAUUUUACAACAGGCUAUUCUAUAAGGCUGCUACCUCGCACCUCGUCCCUUAUUUAAUGCCAGGCUAUUCCUGCAACUAUGUAGAUACACUAAUGAAUAGCGCAGUGCUGUUCCUGCAGCCUCGUUUUGGCACAGAACCCAUGGUUAUUAUAAUACAUUGUGAUGUUUCCUGCACUGAAUCAUUAUGUCAAAAAGACAUUUGAACCACAAACCGGAAAAGGAAGCAUCAAAAGAGCAGAUUUAAGGGAACUCACCAUUUGUAUCAUAAUAUGCAAAAAGAAACAAGGACCAGGGGUCACAAAUGGAGAUUAGAUAAAGGGGCAUUCAGAACAGAAAAUAGGAGGCACUUUUUUACACAGAGAAUUGUGAGGGUCUGGAACCAACUCCCCAGUAAUGUUGUUGAAGCCGACACCCUGGGAUCCUUCAAGAAGCUGCUUGAUGAGAUUCUGGGAUCAAUAAGCUACUAACAAUCAAAUGAGCAAGAUGGGCCGAAUGGAAGUUUGUAAACUUUCUUAAGUUCUUAUGCCAUCUGGCCAUUAUUUCACACUUCAAAGUAACAGCUGCGAAUUCAUAUGAAUUGCUGUAGAAUGUCAGUGUAUUUCAUUGGUGUAGGAAACACACUUGUUUUGUUAUUUUAUAAUACAUUUUCUAUGACGACACAUUUUAAAAGUGGGUACAGAUUUGAGUGAUUCCAUCUUUUAAUUUGCGGCUGUUAGAGUGACUCAUAUUUCUGUUUUAUUCUGCUGUUGUUUACAUUGUCUUUUCUCACCCAGUAAGCACAUAGGGCCUCAUUUACAAAAGGGCACUAAACUUUAUGGUGCACCAUAAAUGCAAUUAGUGUGCAUGUUGUGCAUUGUAUUCUUUACCGCACAAAAUAGUGGGCAUAUUAUGGCUCACACUGAUUUUAUUGUGCCACACUAUGUAAUCAGAAUGAAUAUGUGAUUUGUAUGGUAAUUCAGGAUACUGUAUUUAAAUGAGGCACCCCACUCUGAAUAAUGAGAUGAGCUUUAUUCACACCGUAUUUACUAAUGGGUGAUAAUCGUAGUGUGCAUCUUAAAGUGAGCAGUAAUUAGUUUGUUUGGAAACCUGGCUUUAGCCACAGAUAGACACACUAUUUAAACCUAUUGUUCUGGGCUGAAAUCUAUCAGGCAUCAUGGAGGCAUUACUUGCAUUAAAGUUUUCAUAUAGAGCAGUGAAAAUUACUUGUAAAUAACAGGUUAUAUUAAGCGUGAAUAAAUGUGAAUUAAUGUUAUAAUUUCUUAGAUUUCAUUUUAUAGUUCAUUACAUUGGUACAAACAAUAAAACACUGGACCAAACAAGGUAUAAUUUGAAACAACCUCCUCCACUAGCAUUUCUAACUUCUCUGUGUGCAGUUUUAGUUUGGUUUGCCUCUGCCUGUCCCCAGUGGAGGGCUGUUUCUGCUAAUCGCUCAUUUUCAGUCAAUGUAAGCCACCUUCACCUUUCACAUUAAGCCACUGACCAAAAUAUACGCCUGAACUGCUGGGGCUUUUUAUAUCACAGAGGUCACGGGUAAGUCUUGGACAUUGUCGAGCACUUUAAAUUAUCGCUCACAAUACAUACAUUGUUCACGUUAUGGCAUGUAAAUUAAUGUGUUCUCUGUUAGUAUAUGGGACAGUAAAUUUGGUGUGCUUUCAUAAAUGAGGCUCAUAAUUUGGUAAUAAUGGUGUGUGUGUUUUUAUGAUAUAAAAGCCUGUUAAGAAUUUUUUUUCUUCUCGGUUGUGUUUUAUCGUUCAAAACUGAGAACCAGGAACCCUAAUUUGGCGGUGGAUGCUUUUACAUUCUACAUGCCAUCCGGGAGUGAUAGUAGCGAGUAAUAAGCAAAGUGUACACAAGUAAAGCCAUUGUUAAAUGGAAACACUGCAAAAUGACUCUGUAGAUCCAAUCUGGUAAACUUUUAAAAGAGUUAGGGCAGACAAGCCUUUUCAUUACUUUAACAUUUCUUAUUAGGACCACAAUAUGUGAAUAUCAAGCUUGAAUGUAAUCCUCAGGAGAAACCUCAUCACUAUUUUUCUGUGUUUUCGUGUUUUAGAAUAUAGUAUAUUCCUGAGCCUAAGGGCCUGCUUUUCAAAGUGGAUUUACUCCCUUUUAUCAAUUUCAGAAGUUAAAAUCUGUGUUGAUUUUGUAUUUCGUGUACAUAGAUAUGCUAAAAGUGUGUGCACUUCAUUGAAUGGUAGAACAAAAAUCUAUAACACUAGUAAUACUAUAUUACAUUUAGUAUUAGCACAGUAAGAAAAGCAUGGCCUAGAACAAAGGCACCAAGUUACCAAUACAGAUAGAUAGCAAGGCAGACGAGAUCUGUCUCCUACUGCUCAUUACUCUGUACAGGAUUUAACAAAUCAGAUCAAAAUACCAUUUUUGUUUAACCUCAUUCUGGCUUUAGGACUUUUGUGUCAGCUCUGCCGUACACAAUUCAUCUUUAUUAACAAGAUGGUGUUCCCAACCCAUGUGAGAUUGAAACAUGCUGGUGUCAAGCGUGUCUCUUUGUGAACAUUAAGGACAAAAGUGUAUCCAGUGCUGUUAACCCAAACACUACAUUUUAACAGUUAUUUAUUUAAUAGUUUCCUUUUUCAGCAGGCAAUUACCACUGUACAACAACCACAUUCGAGAUCCUGUGUAUAGACUAAAGUUCAAACAUUCCCAAUGCAAAAUAUAUAUUUGGUGAACUUAAGUAGUUAUCAGUUUAGCUGCUAAGGAAGUUGAAACAAGCAGAACAUUCAUAGCUCAUUAGUUAAAAUGUUUGACAGAACUUCCUUUUAAGAUGAGCUCAUUUAGAAAGCAAUCAACGUUCUACUGGAAGCUGCUGAAAUAUCCUGAAAAAUGCUGGCUAGUCACCCAGCAUGCCAAGGAUUCGCAAAUGAAUGGAAGUACUCAAAGUAAACAUGAACAUGUUUAAGUGCCUCAGUACUAAAUGUGUGUGUGUGUGUGUGUGUGUGUGUGUUGAAAUGUAUGUAAGACAUAUUUUCUGUGACAGACAAGUUUCUACAUUUUGUAUUAGAAUUAUUGUGAAAUGCACUACCAAUCAACUGUGUAAAGGAA